AUGUCCGAAGUACAGGUUCUGAAGCCCGACAAGGACUUCUCGAAAGAGGUUGACAAACAGAUUCCUGAAGCUGAGCAGCUGGCACAGACUAAUGUCACAGGUGCGAUCGAGAAGCUCACAGCGUUGGAGAAGCAGACCAGACAAGCCUCAGAUCUUGCAUCAACAUCUCGAAUUCUUGUCGCAAUAGUCACACUCAGCAAGGAUUCGGGGGAUUGGAGUCUGCUGAACGAGCAAGUCCUGUUACUCUCCAAGAAGCAUGGCCAACUCAAACAAGCAAUCACGAAGAUGGUACAGGUGGUGAUGGGAUUCCUGGAUUCGGCGACGAAGCUGGAGACGAAAUUAUCGACUAUCGAGACAUUGCGGACAGUCACCGAAGGCAAGAUUUUCGUCGAAGUCGAGCGAGCCCGUGUUACGAAGAUUCUUUCAGACAUCAGGAAGGAACAAGGCGAUUUGAAGGCGGCGAAGGAGAUUUUGUGCGAGCUGCAGGUUGAGACGUUUGGGUCUAUGGAGCGGAGAGAAAAGACGGAGUUCAUCUUGGCACAAGUCGCGCUUUGCAUAGAGGAAGAGGACUGGACGCAAGCUGGUAUUUUAAGCCGGAAGAUCAGCACGAAAUAUCUGUCGAGAAAGCCAAAGAAGACCGGUGAACAACUAGAGAAGGAGAAGAAGGAGCGUGAGAAGAAGAGAGCAAAAGGAGAGGAUAUUCUGGAGCCGGUCGAGGAUGAUGUUACGGAUUUGAAGCUCAGAUAUUACGAGCAACAAAUCACCUUGGCGAAGCAUGACGACAAGUAUCUGGAUGCAUGCAAGCAUUACAGACAAGUUCUGGACACUGAAGCUGUUGAGGAGGAUCCUAUGAAGCUUCACUCGGUCCUCCAAAGAAUCAUCUACUAUGUCAUCCUCGCCCCAUACGACAACGAACAAUCUGACCUCCUCCACCGCAUACAAAAAGACACUCGAAUCAAUCAGGUCCCUCUCGACGCCCAACUCCUCAAACUCUACACUGUCCACGAACUCAUGCGAUGGCCAGAAGUUGCCAAGCUUUUCGGCCCACACCUCUGCAGCACAGAUGUGUUCGACGCCGCAAAGGGCCAGUCUGCGGACAAGAAGGCAUAUCAACGAUGGGAGGAUCUCCGCAAGCGUGUCAUUGAGCACAAUGUUCGUGUCGUCGCCAAAUACUACACUCGCAUCCAAAUGCCCCGCUUAACCCAGCUGCUCGACUUGACCGAAGACGAGACGGAGAAGUACAUCAGCGAGUUGGUAACAGCGAAGACCGUGUACGCCAAGAUCGACCGACCUGCCCGAAUCGUGAGCUUCGCCAAGCCCAGAGACGCAGAUGAUGUCCUUAAUGAGUGGAGCGGAAACAUGAAGAGCUUGCUCGGUCUGCUUGAAAGAAUCGACCAUUUGAUCACAAAGGAAGAAAUGAUGGCUCGCAUCCAACCUGCAAAAUCGCCCAAGGCAACAAAGCCAGGAAAGGUGCAUUAG